CUGGGGCCGAUCCGUUAACCGCAGCGGCCGUUGUACUACCGGAGCUUAUCAAGGAGCUGGGGGGUAUUGUCGUCGGUAAACCGACACCUCCUCUGUCUUGAGAGGCGAAAAGACAAGGGGGCGACACACUAUCGAAGCGGCGAUCCCGCAGUUCCGUGCGGGGAUGCUAAAUAUGUGGAAAGUCAGAGAGCUAGUGGACAAAGCCACUAAUGUGGUGAUGAACUACUCCGAAAUCGAGUCCAAGGUGAGAGAGGCCACUAACGACGACCCCUGGGGACCCUCCGGACAACUGAUGGGAGAAAUAGCCAAAUCCACCUUUAUGUAUGAGCAGUUCCCAGAGGUGAUGAACAUGCUGUGGACCAGGAUGCUGAAGGACAACAAGAAGAACUGGAGACGAGUGUACAAGGCUUUACUACUGUUGGCCUAUCUUAUCAGGAACGGGUCUGAAAGAGUCGUCACCAGUGCCAGAGAACACAUCUACGACUUGCGAUCUUUAGAAAACUACCACUUCAUUGAUGAGAGCGGUAAGGAUCAGGGCAUCAAUGUGCGUCAGAAGGUGAAGGAGAUGGUGGAGUUUGUCCAGGACGACGACAGACUGAGAGAGGAAAGGAAGAAAGCCAAGAAGAACAAAGAUAAAUACAUUGGAGUCUCCUCUGACAGUAUGGGAGGAGGAGGUGGAGCAAUAGUAUUAGCAGGAGGAGGAGGAGGAAUUAUUAAGAACUCUAACGAGUUGGAUCGGAGUAAGUGGGAUGAGGACUGGGAUAAGAGCAAAGGAGCUUUCCCCUUUAGCGAGAAGCUCGGAGAGAUCAGUGACAAGAUAGGCAGCACCAUAGACGACACAAUCAACAAGUUCAGAAAGAAGGAACGAGACGACUCGCCCGACAGAAUCAGCAAAAAACAAUCAGUACUCAAGAGCGCUGGUCCUCAUUCGUCCUUCAUGUCUGGAUGCCAUAGUGACAACGAGGAGGAUCGAGCAUCGAGGAACGGUCGGCAGGAAACCCUUGAGUUCAAAGAUGAGGAGGAAACUGUCACAACGAAGAGCAUUCAGAUCACACAGGCAACAGAAACAACGACCACCACCACACGGAAACGCAGCGGAGCGACAAGCAACAAGACUCUGGACCUGGGAGCUGCAGCCCACUACACCGGAGACAAGAGCCCAGAGGUGAAGUCAUCAGUCAGGCAGUCUUCCAGUGGCGGCCUAGCUGACCUAUUAGUGAUUGACCCUUUAUCCAAUCAGAGCACUGCAACAGGUGGCAGUUCAGACCUCAUUGGUGGAUUUGCUGACUUCUCUUCUCCUGCAGCUUCUGCCAGCCUCCCUAACUCCACAGCUGCUGCACCAUCCAAUGGAAACGGAGAAUUUGGAGACUGGAAUGCUUUUGCGGCCAAUCAGCCAGCUUCGCCCGGCUCUGGUUCCUCCCAGCCCGUCACUGAUCUGUUUGGCAGCGUCCAGUCGCCCCCGUGCUCUAAACCCGCCACCGUCCCACCUUCUGCGGAGCUCUUUGAUCUGAUGGGUGGAGUGAACCACCAACUAACCAAUCCACACGCAACGCUGAGUGCCUCUCAGAGCAUGACUUUCUCUCUGGGGGGUGCAACGCCAGGGGCAUCUGUUGCUAUGCCAACAAUGCCCCUUUCUCGCUCUCAACAGAGCCUGGGAGGCAUGACAUCUCAGCAGCCCUUUGAUCAGCAGAAGGUUGGUGUUGGAGGUCCAGGAUCGCUAGGCUCUACCUGGUCGGACCCCUCUGUCAACAUCAGCCUGGACUUCCUAUCAGCAGGCCUCAACCCCACCAAGACACCGCCCACACUCAACAACAUCAUCCAGCAUCAAGGAGUUCCUCCCCUCAGCCUGUUGUCCCAGAACUUCGGAGGACUGAACCUCAGCUCCCCACCUCACGUGACCCCCAUUAGACCACCAGCCAAUCCCAUGAUGGCCGGCAACGCCAUGGGAAUGCCUGCUAACUUGUCAUCGAGUCUCCCCCCGUCUAUGACUACAGGGACCAUGGGGAUUGGAGGACAUCCUGUAAACCAAGGCAUGAUGGGAAUGAACAUGAGCAUGAAUUUGGGCAUGGCCGCUCCAGUGAUGAUGGGCGGUAUGGCGGGCAUGGGAGUGCCAGGAGCAGCGCACUCCAUCAGCCUGGCCAUGGUUCCUCCUAAACAGGAUGCCUUUGCUAACUUUGGCAGUUUUGGAAAAUGAAGGAGUGCAAAUGUGUGUGUGUUUUAGUGUGUGUGUGUGUGUGUGUGUGUGUGUGUGUGUGUGUGUGUGUGUGUGUGUGUGUGUGUGUGUGUGUGUGUGUGUGUGUGUGUGUGUGUGUGUGUGUGUGUGUGUGUGUGUGUGUGUGUGUGUGUGUGUGUGUGUGUGUGUGUGUGUGUGUGUGUGUGUGUGUGUGACAUUUUGAGAGUUUGAGCCACAGAAGGACUGCUGUACUUGAAGACAACCUCGCAUGUUUCUCUCGCUGCUUCUGCUGUUUGUGGCCAGCCUGUUGACACGUUCAUGGGGACAAAGCACCCACAGGUGCCCCUCACCUUUGUUUGAGAUGUGAAAUGAUAUCAUACAGAGAGAUUAAAGCCUAUAGUCAUUACUUCCUGUAAGGAAAAGGUUCACCCUCUUUCCCUGAUUUAUAAAUGAACCACAGUCUAUCUCCCGUCAUUACAAAAGUCAGUGCAUACAAUUACAAAAUCUUUAUUAAACUGAAUCCAUUCUCUGGUCCUCCAGCAGAGGGCAGAAUUAGUGUAUGCUUAUUCUUGAGCCUUAUAAAUGCGUUUUACUUUUCCUCCUCUUCCUCUUUUUUUUAUCAGUCUUGUAGCAGUUCACAAUCAUUUAAUGAUCAAUAGAAUACCUAAGGUUUUAUUAAAGUUGUAUUGAUGAGUAAAACCUUUAACUGCUCAGAACAAAACAUUUUCAGCUCUUAAUAUUAUAAUGAUCGGUCACUUUUAAUAGUGAUAAAGGUGAUUAUUAUGUUUCUGGAUGCCUCUGACUGAUUAAAGUGUUUAUCAGUGUUUUGUUUAGAUUUCUAGUAAUGGAUAGUUUCUCCUCUCUUGGCCACACAAGAUGAGGAAAAUAUGCGAUAAGUGAAAACCUCGUUGAAUAUCGCAAUGUGUCAUCAGUUAUACCUUUCUGCUGCUUUCCAAUAUACUGCUAAAAAACAACAAACUGUUUGUCAAAUGAAAAGAAUAUAUAAGAAAUGAUUUCUAACAUUCUUUUAUUGAACUGAAUUGAACAGAAAUGGCAGAUCAGACAAAGAAUAAUACUUACAUUUUCAAGCAAAGUUUUCUGCUGGUACUCUUUCAACUAAAUAAAAAAAUCCUUGAGUUCGAUAUCAAAGUCUUCUGUUGUUGACAUUGACAUAAUGAUAGGAAAACAACAUAGUAUACAGCCCUACUGUUUAUUCUUUUUCAUACUCUGUUUAUGUAUAGAGGUAUAGGAUAAUGUGUAUUAUUCUUUUUUUUAAGGGGACAAUAAUGAUUAUCAACAGACUUAACAUUAUGAUCCUGUUUAUUUUGUCCUUAUUUAAAGCGGUCUCUCACUUUUCGGUCAACCUAGCAAUGUAUCUUUUAAUUGCAAACUUCAUUUCGUCAGCAAACAAGCUGACUUGGAAGUAUCUUCGUGCAAAGGUUGCAUAUCUGCAUUUCACCACCUGUGUCCUAGGAAAUAACCGCCCCUAAAUUUGACAUGGAAUAGCUGAGUUUUAAUUAAUUAUUUCUUAAGGGUUCGGGAGGUCUUGAGUGAAGUGUGUGCAAGAAUAGAAUGAAUGUGUGUGUGUGUGAAUUUUCGUAUAGUUUUUGCUGUUUGAUGUGUUAGCAAAGCUUAGCAGAGCCUCUUGUCAUUUUCUGAGGCACUGCACUACAAAAGACCAAAUCUUUAUUUUGUUACUCUCAGAAGGAUGAUUCCAUAGCUAUUAGUUUAAUAUUUUUAUUAGUUAACUUGUAAGCUUAUGUUCAUAUGGGAGAGCUACUAAUAACAUAAUCAAGUUGAAGGGAAUCAUGUUUUUGUUUCUUUUUGGUACAGCUCGUUUCAUUUGAUUGUACUCUAUAUUUUCUGUACUUCAUUCAACAUUAAAUUAUAACAUUAAAAAUUCAAUUUCUUCUUUUUCUGUAA